AUGAUAUUACUAUUCGUGCGCGUUUUAUUUCAGAAAUGGGCAGAUUUUGUUCGUACAGUCGAUCCGGAUCUCUUCACUGGCUAUAAUAUUCAGAAUUUCGAUUUCCCGUAUAUUAUUGAACGCGCCCGAACAUUAAAGGUGGUGCAGCGUGAUUACAAAUUACGAAGUUACACAUUGAAUAGUGUCAGCUAUCACUUUUUAUGCGAGCAAAAAGAGGACGUGGAUUAUUCGAUGAUCGCCGAAUUACAGGUAUUUAUCGUGAAACUGAAGUCUUCAUGUAGUAUUGUCUCAGCGGGCCAAAAAAGAGGAGUAUAUUUUGACACCGACCGCCCGAAAAUUCAGCCUUCCGCUGUAUUCGUGAACGGUCAAAGCCAAAAAAAAAAUUAA